AACAAAUCUUCAUCGUCAAUGUCGACAGUAACUCAAGACGAAGUCAUAAAGGCAUCCCUUCUUACGCCAUUCAAGUACCUUGCAGAAAAUUCUAAGCCCAUGAAGCGCAAGUUUAGCAUGCUUAUCCGGUGGUACUUUCUAAUACAGGGACUUAUUGAUGGCCUCGAGGGCGACCAAGGAGACUUUUGCAAAAGAUUCAGCUCUGCAGUCAAGAGAAUUGAUGAAGAGAAACAUGACGAGGAAGAUGGUACUCAGAAUCGCACCAGGCGGAACCGCGAAGCCAUAGAAGAAAGCCCGGAGCCCGAGGACGCAGAUAGUACCUACACCUUGCGCUCCAGCAGCCGUACUGGUAAGACGCACGUGAUAAAUGGCGAGAAACCUGAGCCACAAAGUCCUUCAGUCAGAUCAUCACGGGACUUGAGGAAUAGCAAAGGCAAUCACGACCUUGAGCGUUUACUGGAGUACUUGAAUAACCAUAACGCAUUGUAUCUUCUGGACAACCUACCUGAAGUAUCGGAGGUUCAAUUCGUUGGACAAACAUCUAUACCUGAAGCUCAACCGAUGAAGCUUUUCGUUGGACGCGAAGCGAAAUCCGGCGAUGAUAUAUACGCCUACAUGGUCAGCCUACCGCGUGGCUUCCACGAAGUUCGAUUCUACGUCCAGACCGCGCACGACGAGGAACCCAUGAAAACCGAAACAGUCGCCAAACAGCGCCUCAUUCACCCAUUCAGCAAAUGCUACCCAAAGCAGCCCUGUGUCCUAGAACAGUCUGAUAGAGCCAGACUAACCCUAAUGGUAAAGUUUUACUUCAUCUCCGCAGGCAUCGCAACCGACUGCGUCCUCAAAGAAACGAAAAAAUACCCAGAGCGCCUACGCGUCGCACUUGACUACAUCGCCGACCGCAUGGGUCCCGCCGCCGCCAAACCCCCCUCUCACACUAAAGACGAAGACGAUGACGCCGCCACCGCCGACGCCGCCCCAGCCCCCAAUAACCCUCCAAAACACCGUCUCUCAAGCGAAAGCUCCUACAUCGAUGAAAGCGACAUCCAAUCCACCCUCGCCCUCGAACCCCCGCGCCUCCCCCACUCCCACAACCGCACCCCCAAACCCCCAGUCUUCGCCCGCAAAUCCACCUACUCCAUCGCUCCCCGCCAGGGCACUUCCCAACCACCCAGCCGCACCACCUCCCCCUCCACCUUCCUCCCCCCCACAACAGACGCCACCACAACCGACACCUCUUCCCCGGCCAUCCAACCCCUCCGCGGCAACCCCAAGCGCUCAGCCGAAGACGCAGAGUUCGAAGACCUCGCCCGCAUCGUUAUGAAGGAGCAGACACUCACCCGCGAGAUCCAUGCUCUCCAGCAUGAAAUGGAUGUGCUGGAGGAGAGAAAGACUAUUUGGAUGGAGAAGUGGCAGGCGCAGUUUCAGAGUGUGAAUGAGAAGUUGGAGGCCGUGACGAGGGAGAGGGUUGGGGUUAGGAUGCAGUUUAAGAAGCAGAGGUUGGGGGGUGGAGGGGAGGAGUAGCGUAGCGUCAGGUAGGGUAAUGUUUUUUUGGGGGUUGGCGAGGGGAUAAGGGAUGUGGUUGGUAUUAUUUUAUUCCUGGUUGAUUUUUUUUGUCACGUUAGCUAAUACCAGUUUUUUAUUGCUUGUCUGCUGUUUUGAUACA